AUGUUUAGGAAAAAGAAGCUACUCAAGGGAAUGGAUACGAUGAUCGGGGUAGAGGAGGAGGAUAGGAUUAGCAAACUACCUGAUCCCCUCCUUUGCCAUAUCCUAUCUUUCCUUCCUUUCCAGCAUGUCGUUGCUACCAGUAUUUUAGCUAAACGUUGGAGGUUCAUAUGGAAUUCAGUUCCUAUCCUUAAAAUUACACAUUGCCUAUCUACUGAUUCAGCCAAAGACAGAUAUUUACAUAACAAGCAUUUCGUGAAUUUCAUGGAUAGAAUGUUCGUUUUUCGUGAUUUGUCUACUAUAAAGUACUUUUACCUCCAUACUUACAUUUCAGAUGACUAUAACAUGAAUUCAUGGAUAUCUGUUGUUAUAAGACGUAAAGUAGAAGAGAUCCAUCUGUGGUUGCCACAUCCUGAUGAAUACUCACCCUUUCUAAUUCCUUCAAGUCUUUUUACUUGCGAGUCACUGGUUACAUUAAGGAUGUCAGUGAACGUUGUUCUCAAUCUUCCUAGAUCUGUGCAUUUUCCUAAACUCAAGCUCCUUACUCUUCGAGAUGUCAGAAUUAAGGAUAAGUACUUCAUCGAGCGACUUUUGUCUAAUUGUCCAGUCCUUGAACAAUUAAGUUUAGGUUCAUGCACAUGGGAUGAUAUUGCCGAUUUAUGUAUUUAG